AUGUCAAUUCAGCGCCCAAGUGUGAACUGGACUGGUCUUGAUGGGCUUGAGCCUGGGCCAGGGAGCAUCCACGAUCGAAUCAAAACCGUCCUUUCUACUAUCAACUAUGCGCCGCUUGAGGAAGCAGCACUUCGAGCACGUCGCCAUGCGAAUGAGAAUCUGCAAGAAAACAUAUCAUGCAGCAUCUCGUCGUCGUCGUUCGCCUAUGGGUUCAACAAUGUUGUGCUGGAAGUUGCCUUCUCGGAUGGGGUGUACUGGGUCACAAGAGUCCAGCACAGCCUGGAAGACGGCCAAGACAAGUCGGAAGACAUGGCUAGCGAGAUCGCAACCAUGAGAGAGGUCAAAGCACGUACAAAUGUGCCUGUACCACAAGUCUUUGCUUACGAUGACUCGUCGUUGAACAAAGUCGGAUAUCCCUACGUCUUGAUGGAAUACAUCCCCGGCCGGACGCUGGGAGGGACCAUCGCAUCUCAGGUCCCAACCCACCAUCUUCCAAAGGUUGCAAGGCAACUAGCUGAGGUUCUACAUAAACUCUACGGGUUGACCUUCUCAACUCUGGGUCAGAUCUGGGGCGGCGAAAAAGAGGACGACCCUGUCCGCAUCGUCAGCGUGGGUAGGCCAUCCCACUUGCCUGUUGCAACAUCCCUUGAGUGGUUCUUCAUCCAGCGAGAAGCAGAAAACAGAGCUGCUCUCAAGGCCCAUCCUGAUGAUACAGACUGGAGAACAGCAUGCUGGAUACUCAAAACCGCCAUAUCCUAUAUCGUGGUCGAACAAGGGCUACAUGGUCCAUUUCCCCUGUGCCACCUCGACUUCCACCAUGGGAAUCUUCUCUUUGAUGAUGAUUACAACCUGGUAGGGGUCAUUGACUGGACCCAAGCGCAGACAGUUCCUAUGGAGCGCUUCGUUGUUUCCCCAGAGUUCGUCACCUUUCCUGCAGGAUCUGCCGAGCUAAAUCAGAAGAUCCUAGAUCUGAGGCUGCUGGUUCGCGAACAUUUUGAGGAGCUGGAAAGGAUUGACGGAACUAGAGACGGUCGUCCCCCCAUGCCGCUUUCACAGUUAUUUGGGACGAAGCGGGCAGAGAUCACUCACAAGUGCACCUACUCGUUCCCUCACCGAGCACUUUGGGAUGGACGUAUAGUUGCCCGUCACAUUUUUGGGGACGUCGUGUCUUGGGAGCAGCUGGUAGGGGUGCAUGGCAAGCUACAACUCGACUAG